AUGGGGAAUAAGCAGUUGAAUUUGGAGGUGGAAAAAGACCACACGCCGCAUUCACGAUAUGGCUUUGUCACGUUAAUUUAUAAUGAGUUCUCUUAUCUGUUUAUAUCAACAUUCAUACCGCAUUUGGCUGGUGCUUUUUAUCAGGUUGAUUCAGAAGUAUCUGUGAAAAAUAAACUUCAACCUAUUUGUGCAAUCAGUAAAUGA